AUGCUCUCUUUGAAUUAUCCCAUUGAGAUCCAGUUGUCUGCUGGGUGUGACCUGUACUCUGAGAACGCUUCAGAAAACUUUUUAUAUGCAGCAUAUCAAGGAGAAUAUAUCCUGAGUUUUCAAGGAACUUCCUUUCAGAAGGCCCCAGAUGCCCCACCUUGGACAGAGUUGGUCAUUAAAGUGCUCAGUGGUGAUCCUGGGACAACGGAAACAGCGCAACGGCUUCUGUAUGACAUCUGCCCCAAGUUUGUCCAUGGCCUCCAGGAGGCAGGGAACCCAGAGCUAGAGAGAGAAGAGAAGCCCGUGGCCUGGUUGUCCAGUGGCCUCAGUCCUAAACAUGGUCAUCUACAGUUGGUGUGUCAUGUCUCUGGCUUCUACCCAAAGCCUGUGUGGGUGAUGUGGAUGCAGGGUGAGCAGGAGCAAAAUAGUCCUCAGAGGAGUGACUGCCUGCCCGAUGCUGAUGAGACAUGGUAUCUCCGAGCAACCCUGGAUGUGGAGGCUGGAAAGGAGGCUGGCCUGGCCUGCUGCGUGAAACAUAGCAGUCUAGGAGGACAGGAUAUCACCCUCUAUCGGGUCAGGGGAGGGGGCACCACACCUGCCGCGAGCCUCAGCAGGCAACUCUACCUAGUUUGGGGACAGCAGCCCCUCACCAGCCAAGGCCAGCCACUCCUCUGCACACGGGGAGAGCAGCCACUUGCACCAAGGCCAGCCACUCCUCCCGACCUUACUCACCUUGACCCACAGCUCCUCCCAUCUGUAGAGUGCAACCACUCAUUCACCAUGUUGCAGCUGCUGAGCUGA